GUGGGGUCUCGUGACGUCAUCUCCGGGCGCCGAGGGUGACUGGACUUGUGGUGGGCUGCCAGGGCUCCGCAGCGUUGCCGGUUGUAUUCGCUGGAUACCAGAGGGCGGAAGUGCAGCAGGGUUCAGCUCCGACCUCCGCGCCGGUGCUUUUUGCGGCUGCGCGGGCUUCCUGGAGUCCUGCUACCGCGUCCCCGCAGGACAGUGUGUCAGGCGGGCAGCUUGCCCCGCCGCCCCACCGGAGCGCGGAAUCUGGGCGUCCCCACCAGUGCGGGGAGCCGGAAGGAGGAGUCAUAGCUUGGAGUAGGUUUGGCUUUGGUUGAAAUAAGAAUUUAGCCUGUAUGUACUGCUUUAACUCCUGGAAGAAUGACAGAUGACAAAGAUGUGCUUCGAGAUGUGUGGUUUGGACGAAUUCCAACUUGUUUCACGCUAUAUCAGGAUGAGAUAACUGAAAGGGAAGCAGAACCAUACUAUUUGCUUUUGCCAAGAGUAAGUUAUUUGACGUUGGUAACUGACAAAGUGAAAAAGCACUUUCAGAAGGUUAUGAGACAAGAAGACAUUAGUGAGAUAUGGUUUGAAUAUGAAGGCACACCACUGAAAUGGCAUUAUCCAAUUGGUUUGCUAUUUGAUCUUCUUGCAUCAAGUUCAGCUCUUCCUUGGAACAUCACAGUACAUUUUAAGAGUUUUCCAGAAAAAGACCUUCUGCACUGUCCAUCUAAGGAUGCAAUUGAAGCUCAUUUUAUGUCAUGUAUGAAAGAAGCUGAUGCUUUAAAACAUAAAAGUCAAGUAAUCAAUGAAAUGCAGAAAAAAGAUCACAAGCAACUCUGGAUGGGAUUGCAAAAUGACAGAUUUGACCAGUUUUGGGCCAUCAAUCGGAAACUCAUGGAAUAUCCUGCAGAAGAAAAUGGAUUUCGUUAUAUCCCCUUUAGAAUAUAUCAGACAACGACUGAAAGACCUUUCAUUCAGAAGCUGUUUCGUCCUGUGGCUGCAGAUGGACAGUUGCACACACUAGGAGAUCUCCUCAAAGAAGUUUGUCCUUCUGCUAUUGAUCCUGAAGACAGGGUCUCGCUCUGUCACCCAGGUUGGAGCGCAGUGGUGCAAUCUUGGCUAACUGCAACCUCCACCUCCGGGUUCAAGUGAUUCUCGUGACUCAGCCUCCCUAGUAGCUGGGAUUACAGGUGCCUGCCACCAUGCCCGGCUAAUAUUUGUGUUUUUAGUAGAGACAGGGUUUCACUGUGUUGGCCAGACUGGUCUCAAACUCCUGACCACAGGGGAUUCACCCGCCUCAGCCUCCCAAAGUGCUGGCAUUACAAGUGUGAGCUACCAUGCCCAGCCUUGUCUUCAUUUUCUUUUGAAGGAUAAAAGCAUUUAAUUUUGGUGAAUUCCUGUCUAUCAAGUUUUUUUAAUGGAUUAUGUUCAGUUAAAUAACUAAAACUUUUUUUCUUAUAGGCAAUACAUUUACAUAUUUUAAAAAUCAAAGCAUAUAUAAAGGAAUUUAGUAAAAAGUCUCUUUCCUAACUACCUGUUCACCAAACUCUAACCUGGUUCCCCUUUCUAGAGACAACCAGUGUUGCCAUUUUCCUGUAUAUCUUUAGAGAUAGUUAAGUAAACUUUUUAUUUUUGAACUCAGGCUACAGAAAUUUUGCCUAAGUAACUCAUAACUUCUGAGAAAUUCCCAGAAAUUCAAGAAUAAGCUUACUUUUUUAGUUCAUUUUCUCUGUGUUAUAAGGGUGUUUGUUUUUGAUCUAUUUAAUAUCUAUUUUUGUUUUUGAGGAUUUUGGAAUAUAGAUGAAUUAUUUUCAUUUGAAGUGUAAUGAAGAGGUUAAUCGUUUUUAUUGCUGAUAGAGAUAAACCCCAUAAACCUCUUACCUGUCCAUGGCAGCACUGGCUUUCAGUUACUCAUUUCUCUGUAUUUUUUUUUUUCCCUUUUUGAGUACUUUGUAGUAGUACUUUAAAGAACAUUAAAAACUAGAUGCUGUCUUAGUCUGUUUGUGUUGCUAUAAAGAAACACCUGAGGUUGGGUAAUUUAUAAAGAAAAAAGGUUUAUUUAACUCACAGCUCUACUGCCUGGAGAUUGGGCAUCUCAUGAGACCCUCAGGCUGCUUCUACUCAUGGUGGAAGCUGAAGGGAAGUUGGUGUGUGUGGUGGUCACAUGGUGAGAGAGGAAGCCAGAGAGAGCAGGGUGGUGCCAGGCUUUUUAUAAUAACCAGCUCUUGUGGGAACUAAAACAGUGAGAACUCACUCCUCCACACCCAGGGAGGGCAUGAAUCUAUUCAUGAGGGAUCCACCCCCGCCCCCCCCUACCCCAACCCAAAUACCUCCCAUUAGGCCCCAUUUCCAACUUUGGUGAUAAAAUUUCAACACGAGGUUUGGCGGGGACAAGCAACCACACUAUAACAAAUGAUUUUAUCAAUUAGGAGUAAAUGAAAUUUAAGCCAGAGUUUAAUAUUUGAAUAACUACCUUUUUUGAAAACAAAAGGCAGGGUCUCACUGUGUUGCCCAGGCUGGUCUUACAUUUCUCACUCAAGUGAUACUCCCACUUUAGCUUCACAAAGUACUGAGAUUAUAGGCAUGAGCUACUGCACCCAGCCUCAAAUGACUACCUUAUUGCACUUUUCCUAGAUUUUUUUUGACAAUCUACUUUUAAAAAUAUGUCGUUUUAAACUUACUUUUUUAUAACAUCCUUGACUAUAGAAUCAGAACACUGCAAUGAAACCCAAAACUUUGGAAGGAAUGUGUUCUGUAAUGAUCUGUCCCCUAACAGCAGCACAAUUGUCACAGACACAAAAUGAUCCAUAUUUGCUAGUCCCAAGUUUAUAUAAGGGGGGGGGGGGGUCUCCCUUGAUACAUUUGUGUUUUAUCUGUAAAAACUAAAGUUAACAGUUGCUUUUUAAUCCAGGAAAGAGGGCUUACUUGAAAUUUUAUAUUGUUUAUUUUGUUAAUGGAUUCAUUUGUUCAAUUCAUUUUUAUUUCAUGGUUGCCAAUUUCUAGUUUGUGGGUGUGGUUAAGGAGUGCCUAGAGUGGGAAGAAAUUAGUUGGGUGUUAAUACUGUAUUUUACUUCUUUAAAGAAUUGUAUAACUGUAGAACUUUCAAGCUACUUUUUUUUUUUUGAGACCGAUUCUCACUCUGUUGCUCAGGCUGGAGUGCAGUGAUGCCAUCUCAGCUCACUACAACCCCUGCCUCCCAGGUUCAAGCAAUCUUGUGCUUCGGUCACGCAAGUAGCUGGGAUUACAGGCAUGUGCCACCAUGCCUGGCUAAUUUUUGUAUAUUUCGUAGAGAUGGGGUUUCACCAUGUUGGCCAGGCUGGUCUUGAACUCCUGGCCUCAAGUGAUUCACCCACCUUGGCCUCCCAAAGUUCACUCUCUUAAUUUUUGCAUGAUUGUGCCAAAGGUCUCUUAACCACUUAAUUGCAGAAAUAGGUUUAGAACACAGGUCUCCAUCUCCUGGUGGUCUUUUGGUUUUUCCACUUUACUAUGCUGCCAUUUGUUUUUGUUUUCUUUCUUUUUAACUUUUUGGUUUAGUUUAAAAUAACAUUCUGAAAUACUUGCUUUUUCCUUACUCUUUAUUUUACUUUCACAAAUCUUAGUCUUCAAUUUGUGUUUAGUAUCUAAUCUGCCUACAUGCUCUUCUCUCUUAAUAAUAUUUCUGAUAUGAUCUUAGGAACCUGAGUGUCUACUGUUUUUAUUUUGUUUGUUUUGUUAUUUUAGUGUUCCUAUAUAUAAUCCUGACCACUCUUGUUGAAUUUUUUAAAUGGUGAUUAUGAACAUCAGACACGUAAAUGAAAAGCAUUCAAGUGCUUUGAACUGACACUCUCAGAAUACACCUUUAUUCUGCUCUUAUACCCAGGUUACAAGACAAGAUUAACGUGACCCUACACAAGAAAGGCACACAAAUUUGUGAAGCUGUUCUUUUAAAAGAGAUUCUUUGUUCUCUUAAAUUUCUAGGCUGCUCUACGUGUACAUCCUUUUCUAGGGGAUACACAGUGUGACUUCCCUUGUGGUUUUUUUUUUGUUUUUUUUUUUUUUUUUAGAGGGGAGCAGUGAGGCAGCACAGCCACACAACCUAAUCCACAAACCUUCCUUUUAGGUGAUUUCAGGUGCUGUAGGUGAGUACAUCUGUGUGACAGACUUCUCCCCAUGCAAACUGUCAAAUGCUUCUCUUGACUGCAGAACACACACUUCAUUGAAAUGACAUAGAUAAUGCCUAUUCUUUUCAGGUAUUUUUGAUGGUAUCUUUCAUACCAGGAGGAAGCCACAUCUCUAACACAUCUCAGUAUCUUUUCUUUAGAAAAAAGCUUUUAUCUUUGCUUCUUCUUUUUAUUACAUAUUAAAAAAAAUUGUCAUUUAAAAAGCUAUGUAGAGUAUCCAAAACCUCGAGUCACUGUUUCAGUAAAAAACUGUUUACUGCCUGGUUCAGUUCACCUGUAGUAUUGUCAGAUGUGUCAAACAUGAAGCAUUUUGACACACCUGCACUCAACUUAAGUUGAAAGCGAAAGACUUUAAGAUUGGGUGUGUAUGGAUAAGAACUUGCUGUCAUCACAUGAUGAAAAGAGAAAGUACUUCAUAAAAGUUAUGUGGCACCAUUGUCUUCUACUCCCUACAAGUGAUUCAGUGAUGAAAGAAUUUUGUCUGAUUUCAUCAUAUGAAAGUCGAAUGUACUAGUAUUUAUGAAUACGUGCUUUAGGUCAUUGUUCUUGUGGAGUAACUAAUGAUGAGCUGCUGCUUGUGGAGUAACUAAUGGUGAGCUCUUUUGUGUGUUCCUUUCUUUUUUUGUAAAUGGCUAAGGGAAUUAGUCAAGUUGGAGGUAACAGGAAAUGACCAAAGGUGAGCUCAGGUAAAUUGUUUUUGUCGUUUCAGCUGUAGUUAAAAUGACUCAGAGAUCUAAGCUGCUGUGCCAGACCUCAAGUGAAAUAUUUUUUUCUUUGUACAUUAAAAAUAACAUAUCAAGAACAUUUAUUUUUACCUUGGAGAAUACAAAACACCUAUAAGCUUUACCCAAUUAUACUUCAUUUCCCAGUCUUCUAAUGUAAUGUAUAACAACGUGGUAACCUAGGCAGGUGGAUCACCUGAGGUCAGGAGUUAGAGACCAGCCUGACCAACAUGGUGAAACCCCGUCUCUACUAAAAGUACAAAAUUAGCUGGGCGUGGUGGUGCAUGCCUGUAAUCCCAGCUACUCGGGAGGCUGAGGCAGGAGAAUUGGUUGAACCCAGGAGCCAGAGGUUGCAGUGACCUGGAAUGCGCCAUUGCAGUCUAGCCUGGGCACCAAGAGUGAAACU